GUUAAUCAUAUUUUUGUAUCCUUGUGUCAAAGUAUUUGCACAUUUUGCUGACAUUUUACUGCUUUAUUUAGAACUUAACCACACAUGCUCACUUGUUUUGGCUUUUUUUUUUUUUUUUCCCUUGAGACAUUUCAUGUGCAUAUGUAUUAAAACCUCUGAUACAUAUCAGCUCCUGUAUGCACGCACGGAAAUGAAUUAUGCAUAUGUGCAAACUAGCUUUUGUCAGCUAUGCUUAUUCCUAUUUCACCAUGCACAUUUAAUCGGAAGACUCAUUAGAUAUGUGCCAAAAACCAGUCGAUUAAUGAGAGUAUCGAAAUAGAUCAGGACAGUGUUAAGCUGCAUAUACAUUGUAGAUAUAGGCAAAGGAUUUGAGUAUUGGUCUUCAGGGGAAACAGACGUCUCAGUUAUCAUUGCUUCACAUUGAACUCAUUCAAUAUUACAAGGGUUCUUCAAGGAAUUCACACAUCCCUCUCAAAGCUAGCCCUGGGCGGUGUCUCGCCAGGGAAAUCCAGUUGCCAUGGAAAUUUAGUAUUACCCAGGGAUGAGUGUUGCAAGCCCAGAUGUUUCAGUAGGGAACCUCUGCACAUGUAUGUGUUAACUGGUCAUUGAGGAUUACACUGUUGCCAUUUUGCUACACUUUUGGGAAGAUAGUAAGUCGUCAUUAAGAAUUUCCAUGGUAACAAAGACUAAGGAGAACGAAGAAGAAAAUCAUUAGAGUCCUACAUGAGGGGGAAGAUGGCCAGGAAUUGAGUCAGAGCACAGAUUUCAAUUGAAUUGGUGUUGCCAUGGUUACUGGGGAGUUCUGUGGGUAAGGGAGGCUGUCUGCUGUAGAUCAAUGUCAACUGGGUAUGGCAGGACUGAUAAACAUGUACCUGUCUCUCCUGACCCAAGCUAAAGGCCUAAACCAGCUGCAUCCGCACCAUCACCAGCCUGCUACUGCUCUCCCUCAAGCACUUCAGGUGAACCGAGAUCUUUCUGCCCUUUCUCACCAGCAACAGACAGCCCUGGCCCAUGUACAGGCCAAUCUCCAGAGAUCAGUGACACAUGCCAGCAAGACAGCAGCACACAUGGUUCAGAAUCAGAUGACGCCCUCAUACCAGUAUGCCCAGGCGGGCCUGGAGGAUUACCAUCACCAGGUGGUAAGCACAGCUUCCACAGUCCCUCCGGAUGGACAGUUCAAAGACCAGCCCACCUUUAGUCCGCCUACCGCCGCUGCUGUCACUGCUAAUGGGGGUGUGGAGCAGCAGACGGUAAGACGGGCCCUCCAAUUACACGAUCAAACAGAUUUAGAUGGUGAAGUCCAAGCAACAACAACAACAACGGUGGCAUCUCCAUCUUCAAAUUCAGGACCAAAGAGGUUACAUGUGUCAAACAUACCCUUCAGAUUCAGAGAAGCAGAUUUGAGACAAUUAUUAGCGUUCGGACCAAUAUUAGAUGUGGAAAUAAUCUUCAAUGAGAGGGGAUCAAAGGGAUUCGGUUUUGUAACUUUCGCAAAUAGCGCGGAUGCUGACCGAGCACGAGAGAAAUUGAACGGCACUGUGGUUGAGGGAAGGAAAAUUGAGGUAAAUAAUGCUACUGCUCGUGUCAUGACAAAAAAGACGCCUGCACCCACAAUUCCAAAUGCUGCUGCUUUACGAGGGGUAGCUUUAACGAGGGGUCGGGCUGCAGCGGCGCGAGGUGCUUACACAGCAGCUGCAGCCGCAGCUGCGGCUGCUUUCCGCCACCCUGCUCCUCUUGCCACAGCUGCCACAGCCUUGCCAUACACAGCGGGAGUUUACCAAGACCCAUUUCUGGCUGCAACCGCCUAUCCAGAGCGGUACCAGGUUGGUAACGUUCUUGUGACAUCCCAACCCUAUGCGGCAGGAUACCCUGCAACGGCAGCUCGCUAUGCAAUCCCCACAGUAGCCUCUGCGGCAACAUAUGCGGCUGCAGCAGGAUAUGGCAGAGAUUAUGCUGCUGAUCCUUACCUGGGACACAGUAUUGGGCCUGUGGCAGGCUUUGGGGCCACAGUCUAUGGCAGAGCCGGUUACCAAAGGUACGCACCCUACUGAAGGCCAAACCAGCGCUGGCUCCAGUGCAGAUAAUGUCUUGCCAGAUGGCAUAUAUACUAUUGGGUGUUGCUGAUGGAUUCUGCCCAACUGAUAAGCCAUAUUUGACUGCCAGACACUCCUUCAGUUUCAUCCUGGCGUUUUUAGUCUCCUUCCCUGACAUAGGGAAAGGAAGAGUAAUGGACUCCCCCCAAAAAGCAAGUCACUGUUAAAACUUUUUAGUCAUAUUUGUUUUGUACAUAAAAAGUACAAGAUUCUGAGAAGAGAUUUGACACAUGGUGCUGUGUAGAUUAAUGACGAUUUACAUGUUUUCACAUGUAAGUGAAUUCUUGAUUUCACCAUACAUGAUGUGGUUACCAUGAACUUGCUCUCAUACAUUUUGGAGCCUGGAGAUUCUGUGAAUCCUGAUUUUGAACUGUGCAGAAUCCAUUGAUAACACUCAGCGGGCUACAGGACUGAGAUGAGACGCAUGAAGAGCGAAUACUCAACUGGGGAGAGCUUUAUGGUGAAACUGCAACCACUCACAUCUAGUCAUAGAAUAUCCCAUAUUAAUACAAUGUAAGAGCUAAUUGUUAUGUCUGGUAUCAUUUAUUGUCAUGCUACAUCGAGACUGCCCUGACCAUUUAUGAAUGCUGUACUUUGACCUGUAUUCUUCCAUCAGACAACAGCGCGUUUUGUUCAUGCAGCCUUUUAUAGCCUGAAAUGACUUGGUCACCCUGUAGCUACCAGGUGAAUUAAUGUAACAAGGAUUUUUUUUUUUUUUUUUUUUUUUGAGAUUUUAAUAUUGAAAGUGAAUUAAUUUGAACACAGGAAAGAAAUAUUAUGAACGAGGUGAAAAUCCUACCUCUUACCCACGUUUUUAUCUAGCUGAACAUUUUACUCAAGUUAAGUGAGGCUUUAGCGACGUGUUCAAAUUUCAAAUGAAUUCUUCUGUUAGCCUUUUCAGUGUCGCGCAUGGAAACAUAAAUCAACUUUAAAAAACUACCACAUAACUAUAGCUCUGCAGUGCAGGGUGGUACAAAAUCAAAAUAUUGUUACAUACUGGUCAGAAUUUCGAUUUUAAGAAAUCCCUUUUAACCCUUUAAUUUGUUUCAUCAUCAGUCUAUGUGUUAGAUUAGAGACAGACAUCUCAAACUUUCAUGUACAUGUUUAACCUCAACAUCUUCAUGUUAAACGUCUUUGUAAAUACUUUAGCACUAUUUAAACUUUAUUGCAUAAGUUAUUGUCGUUGAUAAAGAAUGUCUUAGUGCUUAUUGUGUCCUAGGUGUAUAAGUAAAGAGGUUUAGAAAGUGAAGAACAACAAAUUCUGGUCUUGAACACUAGUAUAUAUGCUGGUGCAUCCAGUUAUCACAAGUCUUUCUGACUCACUCUCCAAAGGAUUUAUCUUCUUUACAAUUAAAUGACAUGUAGGCCUACAUGAUAGAGGCAGCUGAAGUCUUUAUUUUGGUGAUCUAUGUUUCACCAGAUCCUUGUUUGCCCGUCUAGUACAUGUGUAUUCGGUUCCCACCAUUGAUUUUUAGGCUAAUUUCACUGAGAGGUCAAGACUCUCAGUUCACUAUCUAUUAAAUUGCAUUUACCUGUUCCCUGUGAACCAGAGGUACUUUGGCUAGCAGUGAAGAUUAUAAACAAACAUAUGACCCAUUACAUCAUCAGUGGUCAGAGUGCAACCAGUCUCUUUGUUGUAACAGACCAAAGUUCAACAAUUUUGUGAUGACAAUGCAUAUGUUUUGUCUUUCUCCACGUUAUCACCUGUGUAAAUAAUUGUCCAACAGCCCUAUCAGCAUUGUGCAGUAGAAAUUAGAGCAGGACACCCUAGUCAGACUACACACUAACAACUAUGUGAUAAACAUAUCUACUCAUUUCUGUUAGUCACAUGAAGUAUCUUUCCAUUGUAUGUUACUUUUUUAUUAUCUCUAAGUGUCGAUUUCUUCCUGAUCAUAGACAUCAGGGUUUAUGAAGGUGGCUCAUCCAAGGCCAGUUUAUUCUUCCCUGUUGCAAUCUUGUUUUUGUUUUGAAGAUCUGCAAUGUUUCAUAAGAAAGAUGUAAGGGAAUGCACACUCUUGCUGAACUUCACCGUAAUCUUGCCACAGUUGUAGACUUUUAAUGAUACAGUCAAUCACUCUACCUUUUAUGUGAUUUGCUCGGGAAUAUUGGACUGCAUUCAUUCUGUUAUGGUUUGCCGACAUGUGUGCAUGUCAACUUAUCCCCUUUUCUUGGUUGUAUUGUUUGUUCACUUCCCAGUGCUAGACUUGCAUCCAGUUUUAAUAGCCUUGUAUAAGGAUGCUAUUUUCAAGAGGUGCACAGAAAUGAACAUGAUACAUGUAUGUGUUUUUUGUAACUAAUUUCUUACAAUUGCCAUGUUAUAGAGUAAUACAGUAUAUUACCUUCUGUAAAUAAGUCAGUUAUGUUGUAAUCAUAGUAGAAAUUGUUUGUUUAGUACAAGCAACAGAGCACCAUUAUGUACCUGUGUACAUGGGCUCUUAAAUGAUACUGGUCACUUUAUAUUGUUGCUCUUAGUUAGUUUUGUGGUUCACCUCUUGGUGAAUGUAUUGUCUGUUCUUUUAUACUUCUGGUUAUUAUUUAUUUAUUUGUAUUUUGUGAAUGUGUUUUUUUUUUCAAAGUGUUAAGGAACAAACUACACAGCUAUACUAGUACGCAAUCUCUUUAUUGUAUACUCAAUCUACAAUAUGAAAGUAUUCUGGGAAGAUCAAAAUUGUUAAUUUAUGUAAAUGUAAAGGUGCACAAAGUUAUACUACAAUGGUCUGGAUAGUGAACAAAAUGAUACAUUUCUACUAAAUCAGGACACCACAAGUUAAGGUUUUUUUUUUUUUUUACAUAUGUAAUUUUUUUUCAUUCUGUUAAAUUUAUCAAUUUUUUUUUGGUUCAAAUUGAAAAACUAAUCCCAGUUUGUCAUUUAGUGUUUCACUUGGAUUUUCCCUCAUACUUUAAGAUUGUUGGUGCUUUAGAUCUGACUUUUGAUCUGUUUUUAUUUACUAUGUUACAUUUUAGUCACAUCUUGUACCCGUACCUGGAAUUUUAAAGCUAUAAGUGGCAUAAAAGAUAUUACACCUUAUCUUAUUACAAUUGAUAAAAGUUCAUCCAUGUUGUGCGUCCUCAGACAUCAGAUGACCUCUCUAUGAAGAAAUCUUCAUUUCAGGACUGGAGGACAAGUUUAUACAUGUUUGUAUAGCAUAUGUCUUAUUUGCUUAUGUGUUUCUGCACAUUUGUGUGUUAUACUUGGCAGAUUCGAGUCAGUUGCCACACUGGCCGAGCUGUCUGCUGAUGUUCAGUAGCCUGUUUGUGUUGGUCUUGAUUAACUGUAGAUGAUUGUCUAGCCAAGGGAGUGGAAGCAGUGUAGCAUGCAACAGGUAUGGUACUUCUGAGGUCUUAUGACUGACUGACCGUGGUGGUUUACAGCAUGCAAGAUCAAACCACAACCUAUGUUUCUGUGAAUGCAUGGUGUAGUGUGCUGACCAAACCUUACUAGUCACAGCCGUAUUUUUUUUCUUGAGCUUGCAAUCUGGGUGAACUGCAUGAUUGGGAUCUGUUAUCACAAUAUAUAUAUAUAUCAUCAUAGUUUGCAUCCCAUAGACAGAUUUGUUAUUUUGCGAUGUGUAAAAAGUAGACCUGUUAAAGCUGUUAAAUCUGCCUUCUUUCCCCACCCUUGCAGACCCCCAAAUGCUCAACGGUUGAUGCCCAGAUUGUCAUUGUUCAUGUAGACUAGUCUGUACAAAUGGCUGGAUUAAAUGUGAAUUGUAUGUCCUAAGCAGAGCGAAGUCAAAAUUUCAACUGAAUUGAAGGCAAAGCCAUUGGACCACUUGCCCUUGUUAAUUUGUUAAUCUUGGGGGUUAGCCAAACCCUUUCUUAUUUUAUAAUACAAAAUCCAAAGCCUUCCACUAUUCAGAUGUAUCAUGAAAAUAUGACUCUGUUUAUUUCUAGGUUUUGUUUUAUUAGAAUGUUGGCUAGCUAGUUGUAAAACAUUUUAGAAUCAAAGUGGAUGGUCUUUGACCAUGUGUCGACUUUGUUUUAGCUCUGACUGUUUAUCAGGGUAGCUUGGCCUGAACUUUUUAAUGACAAAGGUGAAUGAAUCUAUGAGAUAAUGAAGUACGGAGGAUCUGAAAGUAGGCAAACGUGCCUAUCUGCUACCCUUUUUGUUGCUCUAUCUUUGAGAUGUUGCUUAUAUGUUACAAGAUGUUUAACCGUUUUAGUUCUCCUCUUUUCACUUAUACAUGUAUGCCUGUACUCAUUCCUAUGAUAAUAAAAGACCCUGAUAUUGUACGAAGUCUGCAUUUAUUGCAAUAAAGCGUUUACUGCGUGUAUACAUAUUCCCAGUCUUCCUUCAUCUAUCAUAUCUGUGUGUGUCUGUCAAUAUGAGGAAGUGGUCAAAUCUCCAUAAUCUAAACAAAGAGCAGUUUUGUUGUCCUAAUACCCAGAUAUUUGAUCAUUUCCUCAUCUUUCUGGCUGCUUAGUUUGGGUGGAUGGGCAGUUCUAGUGUGUGGUGUAGGCCCCAACCCAUGUAAUAAGGUCAUGCCUGAAAAUACUGCUUUUUCCAACACACCUUGCAUUGUGCCUGAACAAAUAUCAUUGCAUGCUGAAUGGAACGUCAUGAUUGAAAUUUUAACCUAGCCAACUCUGUCUUUUAAGUUUGCAUGAAGAGCUUAAUAUGGUCUGAGUUGUGUGAAAAGUUUGACAAGCUUGUCCUUCACUUAAAUUUGUUGUAACAUAACACUUGUUCCACAGUGUGGUCGAAUGGUGACCCAUGCAUGAUUUUCAGCUCUCAUAAAGUGUGCCGCUCUAUAAUAAUGACAGUUAUCUGCCAUACAUGUGUCUAGAUCAUGCCAUACCAUGUCAUAAGAACAGGAUCUGCUAACACAGAAUGAGAAGAUCCUGUCUGCUGAUCAAUCCUUCUUCAACAUGCUGCUGUGUAUGCAUCUGAUCAAUUGUUACGUCUUGCCAAAUACUUAACCAAGUCAUCAAGCCUAGACAGGCUCUCAUUUAAUUUGUCUUCCCUCUUUUUUUUUUAUACCAACAACGUGCUAAGUCUUUGUGCCAAGAGCAUACCCUAAAUUUUUAAUGCUUACGAAAGGACUUGAUGAAUUUACCCACCUGAAGUAUUAUAAAAUGUGCCAAUGUACGCUGCUGGAUGCAGGUUCAGACCUGGGCUUCCUCAUUUUAAUUGAGGAUAUCUUGUUGAAUCAAUUAAACGUUAUUUGUUAAUGCGUUGUCUAUAAACCCGAAGCGUCAGGGAGCCUCAAAAAGCACUCGAGUCACUCUUGUUCAUGUAGAAAAUUUAUUACCAUGACAUCUUUAAGAUUGGAACUUAUCCAUUUUUUGUUGUUGUUUUCUUGUUGAUAUUUAGUGACUGGAACAUAAAUUCCAUUUAAUGGUUAAAAUCAAAAACAAUUCGAUUUAUUCUCAUAAGUUUAAGAAAUAUCUUUUGAGAUUAUUGAACUGACUACUUCGGUAUUAAAUAUCAAAAGUCCCAAAUUUUUGGAAAGGAUGAUCUUUCGAUUAAAUUGCGAGGGUUAUGAAUCUCUUUGUGACAAGUGCUCAGGCAAGUUACAGCUUGAUUGAAGUUUGGGAGAAAUAAAACCGUAUUUCAUACAAAUAUUUGGUCUGUUAUUUGUAAGAUGCACAAGUAUAUAUAUGUCUGUUAUAUGGAAGCAAAUA